GUGAGGAGUGAGGAGUGAGUGAGCGGGGACGGUGAGGGAGGAGCGGGGAACUCCGCUGGACUUCUGAUCAGCUCCCUGAAGUCUCACUGUUAAAACGGACACCCAAAACUUUGAAUUCUUCUGGAUGCUGUUUUAGAAGUGAAAGCUUCUAAAAUGGGCGAUGAUCGACCUUUUGUUUGUUCUGCCCCAGGCUGCGGACAGCGAUUUACCAAUGAAGAUCAUUUGGCAGUACAUAAACACAAACAUGAGAUGACGCUGAAGUUUGGACAGACUAGAACUGACAGUGUUAUUAUUGCAGAUCAGACACCCACUCCUACUCGUUUCCUAAAGAACUGUGAGGAGGUGGGUUUGUUCAGCGAACUUGAUGGCUCUUUUGAACAGGAGCUUCGCAGAUCUCAAGAGGAGGAUGUGAGGGCAGCCAAAACGAUGCACUCUGCUCUACCUCCUUCUGAAAUGAAGGAUAGAGAGGGGCCUUUGGAAAUUGACUCAUCCCCUCCUGAAAGUCCUUCAUCUGCUUCCAGCAUGGCAGACUCCAAAGACCCAGUGACUACUAUGGCGAAAGAAUCUGCUCCCAUUAGGGUGAGCAAGGACAUGCUUCCCAGGACAACAGUAAGCGGUGCACCUACACCUACCAUCGUGCGACCAAUGUCACUUCCACUCCAUUUAGGGUACGACUCCGUUAACCCUACUCAGCCCUCGCCCACCUCCGUCAUCACUAGGACGCCUCCCUCAAACAGACUCAGCUCUCCAUCUGCUUCCUACCCAAUGAUGAUGCAGCUUCCAAAUGGUCAGACUGUUCCUUUACUGCCCAGCCCUGGACAAACAUCAGUCAUAUCAGUUGCCAGAUCAUCAAAUUCUGUGCCCAACAUCCCUGGUAUUCCAGGCCCUCCUAUGAGUGGAAGCAGCAGUGGUUCUUCUUCUCCAUCUGGAUACAACUCAUACAGUGAUACAAAAAUGAGGCUAAAGGCAGUACUGUCCCCACAGAGUGUCAGUGGACUAACACAAACUCAGAAGAGUGAUAUCAAUGAGACACCUUCACCAGCUCAACCACAGUUGUCUCCAGCCGCACCCAGAGGAGGGCGGAGGCGUCGGGGAGCCGAUGUCGAGCCUGAUGAGCGCAGACGGCGUUUUCUUGAGAGAAACCGAGCUGCAGCCUACCGCUGCAGGCAGAAACGGAAAGUGUGGGUCAGUGCUCUGGAGAAGCGUGCAGAGGAGCUUGCCACAUCUAACGUUUCUCUCACGAGUGAAGUGUCUCUGUUAAGAGGGGAGGUGACACGUUUGAAAGAAUUGCUGCUGGCUCAUAAGGACUGCCCUGUUACUGCCAUGCAGAAAAAGGCAUACCUGGCUGCAGGUGUGGACGAAGGCUCGGUGUCAGCCCUGGUACUGCCGGUUUCGGUGCCAGCUCCGGUCUCCGUCAACGGAUUGAGUGUGCGAGCCGCUGAAGCUGUGGCUGUUCUGGCUGGGAUGGGUUCAGGCCAGUGGAGCGGUGCGGCUGGAGACGUGCUCUCUCAAUCGCAGCCUACCUCCAGAUGAUGACCAUACUCUUCAGCUUAUGGGAACUGGGCAUCGAUAGUGAGGUGGGCCUGUUAAUGGAGUGCAUUCUCAGAUUCUCCCUCCUUCCCUCUUCUCUCAGAACUGUUAGUUCUAAACACAGAGUGUUUGGAAAUGACCAUUUGUGGCAAAUGAGAACAAUUAUCACUGACCUGAAUUUGCCCUAGCCUCUGUCGGUCAUGUUUUUUGGACUCUGUUUUGAAUGUGUGAGCUAUCCCAGAAUGUCGCUGGCUGACUGUAUAACUAAUACACACUGCAGUAGAACAAUGUAAAAACUAUAUCACCUAACACACACAUGCAUGUACACACUCAUGUACACACAUUUACAGGAUCUUACACUUACACACUGAGCUCUUCUGUCUUACUCUUGGCAGGGGUUUCUUAUUCUGUGUUUGUAUUUUCUGGCACUUGUGUUUUUUUUUGUUUUUUUUUUGUUUGUUUUUUUUCCCUCAAAUAUUAAUAUUUGACUGCAUGACUUAAUUCACAUAGGAUAGAUGAGAUAGAUACUUCAUACAAACCAGUUUAGCACUCCUAGUCUCUCUAUCAAAAGCUUUCACUUUCUUGUUCUCUUAGUGUCUCGGGAAAACCUGAACUACUUUCUCCUGAACUAUAGUUCCCUGCUUUGUGAUUAACAAUGCUAGUGGAUGUGAAAAAUCCUUCGCCUCUUAUUAGAACCGAAAGCCACAGAACAGGCUUGUCUGAAAAGGAAGAGCAAUAUAUUUUUAUAUUUGAAUGUCAUCAGUUUUCAUUUUAAUAUAUAUGAGAGAUGUACGGGUAGCAUAACCACAAACAAGUGUGUGAUUGUUUUCAAUUGUAGGAAAAUAAUCUUUGCUGAUUCAUAUUUUAUUUAAGCUAGUAUGCCAACAAUAUUUUACAAUCGUUUCAGGAUCACAGGCCUCAGAUGUGGACACACGGGCACCAACUAGGGUUGCAAUGUGAUACAAUACAAGCAGUGAAUUUAAUACUGUGGAUUUGCGAUGGGUGGCAAAUGAAAGAAAACAAAACCACAUACAGGUAGUGGGCCACGAAAAACGCUGAAACAUCUUUAGUGCACCUUUGCAUAGACUGUACAAGCUAGAAUUGUACUGGAGGCAUGAAAAAAUACCCCACAAGUAUUCAGGUGUGUUGAGAUCUGGUGACUGUCAGGACUGUACCGUUUGAUUAAUAAUUAUGUCUAAUUCAUAUAGCAUAUUCCAAGAUUGAAGGUUUUUAACAAAAACAAAACGUAUUAUUCAGUGCUGUGAAGUAUUUGCCCCAACAUGAUUUCUUGUAUUUUUUGCUAAUUUGUCACAUUUAAAUGUUUUUCAGAUCUUUCAACAAAUGUUAAUAUAAGAUAAAGACACGAGUAAAAGCAAAACGCUACUUUUAAAUAACCAUUCCAUUUAGCAAAAAUAAAGACAUACUCAAACCUCUUAUAUUACCCAUCAAAAAGUAACUUUAAGGCCCUUGAACGUAGUAACAGCAAUCAAACGUUUGCGAUAACUUGUUAUGAAUCUUUUUCAUUACUGUGGAGGAAUUUUGGCCCUCAUUUCUAUUGAGAAUUGUGUCUAUUUGCUUGCAUUGGAGGGUUUUCGAGCAUGAGUUGUUUAUAAUUUUGCCACAGCAUCUCAAUGGGAUUCAGGCCACAACAUUCACUCGGUCACAUCUUUUAUUUCUUUUGAACCAUUCAGACGGAUCAUUGUCCUGCCGCGUAACCCAUCUGUGCUAGAGCUUUAGGUCACAAACUGAUGGCCGAACUUUCUCCUUCAGGAUUUUCUGACCGAGAGCAGACUUCAUGGUUCCAUCAGUUAAGUCGUCCAGGUCUGGUGGAAGCUGAGCAGCCCCAGACUAUCACAGUACAACCACCAUGUUUGACUGUUGGUAUGAUGAGUUAGCCUUAUGUUCAUAUUUUUCAAGUUCUAUCUUUGACUCAUCAGUUCCCAGAACAUGAUCCCUAAAGUCCUGGUAGUGAUCUAGGUAUUUCUGGCAAAUUUUUGAGCCUUUGUGUUCUUUUUUGGUCAGCAGUGGUUUGCAUCUUGCAGCUCUCACAUGGAUGCCAUUUUGCCCUGUGUCUUUCUUAUUGUGGGAUUGUGUACAUUGAUCUUAACUGAGGCAAGUAAGGCCUGCAGUUCUUAAUAUGUUCAUUUGGGUUCUUUGUGACCUCCUUGUUGAGUAGUUGAUUUGUUUCUGGGGAACUUUGGAGCCUCAUGGAAAGAUUCACCACUGUUCCAAGUCUUCUCCAUGAUGACUGUAAUAAUGGCUCUCACUUUGUAAGCCUUUCCAACAGGUCUGGCAGUAAUCAUAUCUGGGUGUGGCUAGUGAAAUUAAUCCCAACUGUCAGUUGUUUUUGGUUAACUGGUUUAAGUUAUUUGUGUCUAAUACUACAAGACGUUUAAUGAUCUGAAACAAAUAAGUGUGACAUUUUAAAGUAGAAGAAAUUGGGAAGGGAGCAAAUACUUUAGCACUGUAUUUGGUAAAGCAUGUUGGCAAAACAAUCUGCUUGUAUCAUGUAUUCAAGAUUUAUGAAAAUGACUGCAUAAAUCAUAAAUAGUGCAUUUAAGUAAGAGCUAUAAGUAGCUCUGUUUUAGAGCUUGCGUUCCUAAUAUCGUAUAGGAGACUUUUAAAGUGUGGGACUGAAUUAUAAAAAUAUCCACAGCCUAAGCUACAAGCCAUCUUAAAAAUUAACAGAAGCCCUGCAUCGACAGAAUAAAAAAGCAGAAUAGGUUGUUUGGCUUAAGGAAAUCAGCAAGAUAUAUAAGACAUUGGUGUGUAAUGGGUGAUAUUCAGGAUUUAAUUAAAUUGCUUUCAUACUCAAUACAUUUUCAUACUCAUCAACCCCACCCUGUACUCCUGUGCUCUGUGGAGAAUCCUCCUGAAGAAGACUUCUCACAUUAGGAUCAAAAUGCUCCAUUUUACUCAUAUGUUUAUUAUCCAGAAUAAUAUUUUUUUAUUUGCACCCCUUGAACUUGUCUGUGUAAGGAAGUGGGUUGGAAUAAUCUAAACACGGUAUGUUUCUUUACACAUUUCUAGCCAUUUUUUUCUUUCAAGUUGUCAGGUGUGUACAUACAUAUAUAUGCAGUACUUACUGUAUAAAUUGCGAAAUGACAAUGUAUUGUAUCGUGAAAUGUGUGUACUGUUACACCUCUAGUGCAGCUGUAGGCCUCAAUCACAACUGCUUACAUUUAAUCAACAGAUUAAAAUGCAUAUCACUGAAAUGUAUUGUUCAUGGGUAUGAAUGAGAGGUUGCACUCCGAAUGGUUCAUGCUUUUAUACUUUAUGAACACUUGCUCAUUACAAAGGCAUGCUUUGUGACUUUAAAAAUACUGCAAACUCAGAUGCAUCAAACGCCUCGCCUUCAUCAUCCUAUCAUCAUCAGAACAGCGUAUCAUUUUCAGUGGUGUUCAAUGCCUUGAUAACUUUACAAAUGAAACGUUUGUCAUGUUUCAGGUUUUUUUUCUUUCGACUGUCUUUAUUUGGUUUGUGUUUGUGAAUUAUUUUUUCACACUGUCAUAUCCGCCUUCUUGGAGCCUGCUCAUUCUCGUAUGAUAGUGUGUGUUUUCCCACCUGCAGUGCAUUGUGAACGAAGAGCUUUUUUUCGAUUGCGUGUUACUAACUGAUCUGAAAAUGUCUCAACAGCAGACUCUUGAACUAUCUGUAAAUAUCAGUGAAUAUAAAAUGUGCAUAUAUGUGGAAGCGUUGCUGUCUGUACUAUAUUAACUAAGGAAAUUGUCCUGAAGAUAUAUUGUAAUAAUUAAACAUUAUUGGAAUUCAUGAGUGUGGUGAGUUGCAGUUGAUGUCGGUAAUGUGACGGGACUGUUAUUCUGUGCUUGCUAAUAAUUAGAAUUUUAAUGGCUGGCAUUUGCAGUAGGCUUGCAGAUGAAAUGUUCAUUGUUGCCAUGCAGUGAAAACUCAUUUCUUCUCUCCUGUAGCGGACCUGUGACAUUUACUAAGCAGUAAAUCCAUGGCAAGUACUGAACUGUUAAACAUGUAGUUGAAAUUAGGUUUGCAUACACUGGGAGAAUAAAAACUCUUCAUUUUUGUGUAA